AUGCCUUUGCCUUUGAUAUUCCCCAGAGCUGUGACCAUCCUGAUACUGAUAGUGGGAGCAACCACACGUAGUGAAGCUGGUAUUGCAAUUCCAAAGAGAACGGUGAGGAUGACAAAUGAUCUGGGAGGUGGCUUAGAUCUCACCGUUCAUUGCAAGCAGAAGGAUGAAGAUCUGGGAGUGCAUCUUCUUCAUCCCAAUGAAACCUACGAGUUCACAUUCAGGCCUAAUUUCUGGGGAACCACCCUUUACUUCUGCGGCUUUUCAUGGCCUGGUGUUCUUCACUGGUUCAACAUUUUCACAAUGAAGAGGGAUUUUAAAAAGUGCUUCACCUGCAUCUGGCAAAUCAGGCAAGACAAGCCCUGCAGGCUCGGCAAGAAAAGUCACGUCUUUGAUGAUUGCUAUAACUGGUCAUCAAGUUCUUUCAUCCCUCAUUUCUCUUAA